CUGUAACACAGUGCAGGUGCAAUCCUCUGACAUAACUCUGUGGUUGCGAGAGGGAGUGCCAUGUUUGUUAUUUAAUCUCAUUGUUUUGCAGUAUUUGCUGUUGGCUUGGUUAAAGUAUGCAUGCACAGUUUUCAACAGAACAGACGAGGAACGUGAUAAUUGACUGAUAAAAGAACGGCUGGGGGCGCUUCUGUAGUAUCAAGGUUCACAUACACCUCUUCCAAAGGUAUUUCCACAGAAAUAUAGAGAAGGAAACUGCUUUGAUUGCACCUGACACCUUUCAGAUGGGACGUCAGAUCCACAAACCUACCUGUCUGGUUGGACCAGUCCAAAAAGGAAACUGUGAGGUAAACGGCAGCCUGUAUGUGUGUAAGUACAGGGUGCAUGUCAAUAUUCUUCACCACACACCUCACACACAUUUAGAAAGUGCAUGAGGCAGAAGCAGAAUAUCAGACUGUGAUUUAAAUUAAAUACUGCAGCUGUAGGAGUCAGAGCAGGUACAGUGGGGUUGUGAUUGUCUGAGCAGCUCACCGAUCUGUCAGCUGCACAGAAUCUCUGGAAUCUGAGAACAAUAAUCGCAACAAGGAGUGGAAAGGUUAUGAGGAGUGUGAUGACAUACUGGGGAGGGGACACACCGAGACACAGCUUCCUAGAGCUUCUGAGUAAAAACUCGAACCUGAGAGAUGAGACAUACUGCGCAGGAGCUUGAGCUGGGGCACAGUGCUGCUGCAGAGCAUGAGGACUGAACCUGUGAACCCCGAACAGGCUUUUUAUCAGUAAGGAGCGAAGUUAAACCAUCAAGACAGCAGCGUGAAGACUUCUCAUGAGCUCUGGGUGGCUCUUGCUGAUGUGGAAAUAAUGUGACUACUUGCCAGAGGGAUGAAUGAAUUGAUCGUUUUAACUAGAUUGAAGGGUGAUGUGAGCUGCUCUGGGAUGGUCCUGUUCUCAGACAGCAUCAGUCAGUAGCAGGAACUUGGAUCAGUAGAACUUUUUUCCCAGAGACACAGCAGACUGCAGUUAUGUCAAACUCUCAGGAGCAGAGCCUUGACGAGGAUGUAGUCUUCCUGCCGGUGACUGAGUCUUCCCCAGAGUUCCUCUACUGCGAGAGCGAGCGACAGGCAGUGGAGAGGCUCCUGAGUGCGGGGCCCGAGGCGUUCUACGCCUCUGUCGGCACGGAGCGUUCGGGCUGCUUCCUGUCCUCUGAGGAGGUCAGUCAGAUAACCAGCUGGGCUCAGGACUAUCGCUUCACCCAGGAGCAUGUGCAGCAGAAGGAGAAUGGAGUGGAGGGCGACGGCCCAGAGACGGAGGGUUUCUGUUCCACCUACUUCCCUUGCCACACAGACAUACCGCUCCCGAACCUAGACCUGGGCUGGCCAGAGAAGGGCCCCUGGGUGCCGAAGGGAAGCGUUAGGGUCCACACCAGUCCCCCUGCUGAAGGAGACCCUCCUGUCAGAGAGAUAAUCCGAUGGCACUUACAAAAGGCUACCCAAGUAAUUGCCAUUGUGACAGACAGAUUGACAGAUGGUGCAGUAAUUGGCGAUUUGCACAAUGCUGCCUCCCGAGGUGUCCCUGUCUACAUCAUCCUGAACCAAAGGUCCAUUCAGGAGAAUUUCACGCUCAACAGGCUCAGGCAUCCGAACAUGCAUGUCCGUGUUCUCGGAGGGAAAACCUUCUGUUCGAGGACGGGAAGAAUGGUGGUCGGGGAAAUGAAAGACAAGUUCCUCCUGGUGGAUUUAGAGACAGUGAUUCAUGGCAGCUACAGCCUCACGUGGACGGACGCCCACCUGCACCGGCAGCUGAUCACUGUUCUACAAGGCCUGGUUGUUGACUCAUUUGACAGGGAGUUCAGGAUCCUUUUUGCCGCCUCGCUCCCGGUCCCAGACACAUGGAGGGCUGCGGGCAUCCCUGCAGAUGUGACUCAUCAGCUCAGAGACUUCUCAGACCUGCGGCUCCAAAAGGAACUGUCUUUUGAUUCUGAGAUUGCCCAACCUCCAUCUCCACCUGCUGACUCCCUCCUGGACUGGGAGGCCAUGGGUGUCAUCCAGAGAGACAGUUUAUUCCCGGACAGUCCUCUUGAUCAACAUGAGGAAUUUGUGGCCAGGGAAAUGCCACUACAGAAUAACAUGCUGUUUAAUAAAAACACACCCAUUAUGGGUGUAAACCAGUUUGUAAAUAAAAAAAGUGUAAAACAGGGUGAAAACACCUCUCCAGUGACAAACCAUGUGCCAGAUAAAUCAACACCUUUCAAAAACACACAGCUCUCACCAACGAACCCGACAACACCGGAGAAAAUGAAGAGGGUGGAACGCAUAGUGGAAAAGGCCAUUUCCAGGCAGCUCUCCACAGAGAAGAGCUUCAAUUUAGAAGACAGGACAACAAUAAGACCUGGUGAUAAAACAGCAGAAGCGACACACAAUGUUUCCUCUACCAAGAGACGAGAGCGCUCAAGGAGGGAGUCCAUUUUGGAGGAGGAGAGCAGUGUGACUGAAGCUGGCUCCAAACUGGAGAACACACCGUCGUCUAGAAAACCUAUAAUCUUGAGGGUGCCACAGUCUGAGAGCUUCAGCUCUGUGAGUGACAUUAUGAAGAGGAUUCAGUCUCAGCAGAGCACGUCGAGGCUGCUGAAGAGAGGGUCAAACGCCGCCGUGUCCGAAAUGAGCCGCUCCAUGAUGGACCUGAGCGUACACAACUCCGAUGCAAAUCACGAUGAGAGAGGAGGACCAGUGCCGAGGUUUAAGUCCAAUUACUUUGACCCGGGUCACAUGACGCCUGCUAUCGCCCUGAUGAAGAAGAGGAACGACGACUUGAAAUCCGCGUUGUACAGAACUCCGAAAACCUUCCUGCCCAGCGACAGGCCUCGCAGCUCCAGUUACACUCUCAAAAUGGACUGGAGGAAAUCACUGGCAGAGAGGGAAGGGGAACAAGAAUGAGGACAAAAGCAAUAACUUCUGUGGAAACAUCUCCUGUCUCUGAGAGUUACGACCCUUUGCAGUGUUAAUUGACCAAAAUAAGCCAAAAACCAUUGUUAAUAUGCAGGAUGUAUAACUAUAACAGUUUAACCUUUAAUGUGAUGUCCCACUGAAUCUGAUGAUCAGAUGUUUCCCUGUGAGCUGUGUACAGUCUGUCUGAUGCAGUGCUUUUCUUUGGAAUAUGUAUAAAUAAAUAACAUUGUUUUGUUGGUGCUGCUCACAAUGAAAAGUUGAUUUUACCACUGGACAAGAUGAUCAUAGAUUACAAAGGUCAGAGGUAGAGUGUAGUUAUUUUUAUUUGGGACAUAGUGGACUUACUGCAGCAUGUGCUGAUAGGAUCUAAAGGCUUCAGUGUAGGAAAAGACAACAGGACACAGAGCUCAUGUCCUCUGUGUGUGAUUUAAAUUCAUGAUUUAUUAUUGAAAAGUGAGUUUUUAAAGGCAAAUAUUGAUUCUUUUAAGACUCGCUCCCUAAGGUCACACUAUAGACCAAAAAUAUAGAUUGAAAAACACAGAAGUUACCAGGAUUCAUGGGGAAAAAAAGAGGCAAAUAAUUCAUUUAGUUGUUACUUCUAUGUCAUUUGUAAAUGUAAAGACACAAAAAUACUAAAAAAUACUCCCUUACUGUUGAGAACCAGCACUUUACUGCAAAUCACUGAAGUAUAUGGAAAUAAAAUAGCAAAGCUACAAAAUUAUAAAACUAAAAACACACCAUUGAUG